GUGGUGUAAUUGUUUUAUAUGUUAAAAGACUGGUGAAUAUUGAUGACUUUGUGUAAAACACAAAAUAAUAGUAACUCUUACUAUGUCUUCCAAGUAACAGCUUGUUAUUGCUACUCAAGUAGUAACUGUUAUAAAUCACUGUUAAUGUUACUUUUUCAGGCAAUUCGGUUAUAUUACACAUGUUGGUAAAUAAGUUGUAAUAAUGCAAACAAAAAAUUUUUUGGAUGUCGAUGAAUCUAUUAUAGAGAAAAAUCUCAGAAUAAAGAGCAAUGAAGAACAAGACUUUGAAGAAUUUUUUAGUGGAUUCCUUAAUCCAGACUCAGGAAAAUUAAUAAAACCUGCUCCAGGAUUUUGCAUAAAGACUUUUAAAAUUGAUGAUAAGUCCAAGAUAUUUAUAAAUUUAUGUCAUCAUGCUGAAAUUCCACCACCAGAAGAUAUUUCACAGGAAGAAUUAAUUGAAGUACUUAAUUCUAAAGAUCCUGAACGUUACUGUGUUCCAUUAAGUAUUGGCACAGAACAUAAUGAAAUUGAUAAAUCGAAUACACCAGUUAAAGCCUUUGAUGUGGCUGUCAACUCGAAUUUUUUCAGGAAAUGUCAAAACAAUGAAUUAUUCCAAACAUUUAUUGUAUCUGCUACAUUAGAAGGGAUUGCUGAAAAAUUCAAAUUAGAAAUCAGCUCUGAAAAUCCAAUUAUAUUAAAAAAUAGAAAGUGUAUUGGCACUCUACAACAGCAUAGAAUUCAAAAACGACUUCCUAGGCCAUCAUCUAUUAAAAAAAAGCCUUUAAUUCAGGAGUUAGAUUCAAAAAUAUCUUGUUCUCAACUAGAAAUACAUUUAAAACCAGAAUACAAGAUGUACCAACAUCCAGAAAAAGAUCCCAAAAAUUUAAUAAUUGAUGUAUGGCUUCCAGAUAUUAAUUAUGUGCUAGAUAUAGAUGUUAAAUGUGGUGAAGAUUGUUUGAUUUUAAGUACAAAAAAGAAUCCUAAAUAUGAACUUGAUAUUUUUUUACCGUGUAUAAUUAAUCAACAGAGUGCUAUUGUCACAUUCAAUACAAUAACAAAAUUCCUUACAAUAUCAGCUGUUAUUUCAGAUUUACAAUAAAAUAUGUUACUAGAUUUUUAUGUAAAUUAAAACAUCAUUAAUAUUUUUGUUAAAAUAUUAGGAAAAAAUAUUUAACAUUUGUAUAGAGUCUACAUUGAUUCAUUGUAAAAUUAUGUGCCUGUGUAUACAGUAACUGUUAAAUUUCUUUAUAUUACAAAAUUGUAUUAUUUAUAAAAAAAAUUAACAAUAAAUAAUAAAGUAAUGUAUUUUUCAA